AUGUUGGCGGCAGUGCGCGGCUGCCACACCGCCAAAACCAUAUAAACAAUUUUACAAUUUGCACAUUUGAAUGUCGAAAAAUCGAUCUGAUAGCUAGCGUAAAAUGAAAAGCAACGCAUGGAGCAGUUGAGGCAGCAACCGAGAACAGUUCAGUUCAUUGAAAUCAGGCAAGCAGGGAGUUGUGACCAGGAAAACUUAACCCGCAGCCCGAUCGGCAAAACGUGUGAUAAUAAAACCACUGAAACUUCGCAAAAAAAGUGAAAAAAAAGAAUGCAACAGCGUUUUUGUGUUUUUCGCCAUUGGAUUCAUCCGUAAACCCAGCUUACUCCAUUCGGUGUCCCAGUGGGAGGAGUUCCGCUUUCCGGUGAUGAAGCCCACCCAAUCCGGAGGCAGUGGCUCCAAAAUGACCGAGCCCAUUGAGUACGUGACCCUGAUCAGCGACGAUUCCGAUGGCGAGCCAUCGCCCAAGCGGAAUGCUCCUCCCCCGCCGCCGCCUACGCCGGCUGCCAAUCCUGGCCAGAAGCCAAAGCAGCCGGAUGAGGACUCCAAUGAUGCCACUCCUGCCACCAGCGAUGAGCGGCGGACCAGCCGGCGCAAUCGGCCCAAGGUGGACUACAGCAACCGACCCAGUGGAAGUGGAGAGGCAUCCGCCUCCAAUGACAAGGCCGGAUCGGGAUCCUUGGGGUCCAACAACCAGCCGGCGGAGCGACGCAGUCAGAACCACACCCAAGCCCGCAAAUCGGAGGCGAACGCCACCUCCGUUUCCGGUCCCAGUGCCGGCAAUCCGCGUCCCUCGCAGAACGGUGAUGCCAAGGAGCGGGAUGUGGGCACGCCCACAGUCUUGUCCGGUCAGGAGGGCGCCGUCUUCCAGUCCCGCCUGCCCUUCAACAAGAUGACGCCCAACGAGGAGGCCUGCUUCCCGGACAUCAGUCGCUCGGGGAUUCUGGGCCACCGGGUGUUCCUCAACAUCCGGAACAGCCUGCUGCACAUGUGGGUGGACAAUCCCAAGCUGCAGCUGAGCUACGAGAACGCCCUGAAGAGCCUGCCGCCCCCGUUUGACAGCGAACCCGGUCUGGUGAGGCGGGUGCACUCGUUCCUGGAGCGACACGGCUUCAUCAACUUCGGCAUCUUCAAGCGUCAACGUCCCAUACCCACCAAGAAGCUGGGCAAAGUGAUUGUGAUCGGGGCAGGGAUCUCCGGCCUGGCUGUGGCCCAGCAGCUGCAGCAGUUCGGCAUGGACGUGAUCGUCCUGGAGGCGCGGGAUCGCGUGGGCGGGCGCAUAGCCACGUUCCGCAAGAACAGCUACAUCGCUGACCUGGGCGCCAUGGUGGUGACCGGCGUCUAUGGCAAUCCCAUGACCAUCCUGAGCAAGCAGAUCGGCAUGGACUUGGUGCCCAUCCAGCAGACGUGUCCACUCUACGGCCCAGAUGGCAAGCCCGUGCCCAAGGAGAAGGACGACGUGAUCGAGCGGGAGUUCAACCGACUCCUGGAGUCGGCCAGCUAUCUGUCCCACCGCCUGGACUUUAACUACGCCGGCAAUUGCCCGGUUUCGCUGGGCGAUGCGCUCGAGUGGAUCAUUAGUAUGCAAGAGAUGCAGGUCAAGCACAAGCGGGCGCAGCACAUGCAGGAGAUCAUAGCCGCCCAAACGAAGAUCAUCGAGCAUCGGCGCCGGCUAAAGACCGUCAAGCAGAAAAUUGCCACGCUGAGGAGUGAGCACCUCGCGAUGGUCAAGAAACGAAUACCCAAGGGCGUGGAAAGCGAUGCGCACUACGGGCGUCAGGAGUUCAACAUACGGAACACCCAGAUCAAGCUGGAGGAAACGGUUAAGCUGUUCAGCGAACUGCAUGCCGAGGAUAAGCAGAUGGAAGCUAAGCUCCGCGAAGUGGAGCAAAAUCGACCCAGCGAUGUGUACCUCUCCUCCCGAGACCGCCUCAUCUUGGACUGGCACUUUGCCAAUCUGGAGUUCGCCAAUGCCACCCGACUGAACAACCUGUCGCUUAAGCACUGGGACCAGGACGAUGACUUUGAGUUCAUUGGCCACCACACCACCGUGCGAAAUGGUUACUCGUGUGUGCCUGUAGCCCUCACCGAAAACCUGGACAUUCGCGUCAACAGCGCCGUCAAGGAGAUCAAGUAUGGCACCAAUGGCGUGGAGGUGGUGGCCGAAAACUUGAAGACCUCCAAUUCGCAGAUGACGUACAAAGCGGACCUGGCCGUCUGUACGCUCACUCUGGGCGUCCUCAAAGUGGCCGUGGCCCACGAGGAGUCGCAGCAGAGCAACACGGUCAAGUUCGAUCCGCCGUUGCCGGAUUGGAAGCAGCAGGCCAUCCGCAGGCUUGGAUUCGGGAAUCUCAACAAGGUGGUGCUCUGCUUCGACCGCAUCUUCUGGGAUCCCAACGCGAAUCUCUUCGGACACGUGGGCAGCACAACCUCCAGCAGGGGAGAAAUGUUCCUGUUCUGGAGCAUUAGCUCGUCUCCGGUGCUGCUUGCCCUGGUCGCUGGAAUGGCAGCCAAUAUCGUCGAGAGCGUGACGGACGACAUCAUCAUCGGGCGGUGCAUGUCAGUGCUAAAGAACAUUUUCGGGAACACUUCCGUUCCACAGCCCAAGGAGACGGUGGUGACGCGCUGGCGCAGCGAUCCCUGGGCCCGUGGCUCCUACAGCUACGUCUCCGUGGGAUCCUCGGGCAGCGACUACGAUCUGCUGGCGGCGCCUGUCAUACCGCCGUCCAGCAAGGAGCCGGAAGGAUUGCCACGCCUCUUCUUCGCCGGCGAGCAUACGAUACGAAACUAUCCGGCCACCGUGCAUGGGGCCUAUUUGAGCGGAUUGCGCGAGGCUGGACGCAUUGCGGACUACUAUCUGGGCUAUCCGGAGGGCACACCGCCGGACAUUGGCUAUUCGGUGGCCGAGGCGGCCAAUCUGGUGUCCGUGGGCAACGUGGUGAAGCUACGUGACCUUUCGCCCAACCUAUCGGACUCCCCGUCAUCAAAGAAGUCUGAGGAGAACUCAAACUCAAACACUGCCGACUCCGCGGAGCUACAGUAAACUUGUAUUUAGCUUGAAGAACUUGGGCCCCGCCAUUUACUCCUUAAGCGAUUAGUUUUUGUAUCAUACAACUGGGGUUUGCUGUUUUAAACUAAGCUAGACCUACGUAAAUGCCUAAGACUAUUCCACUACACAUGGACUACCUUUAGUUACCACUCAACCAAUUAUUUUAUUACCUUAAAUAUUCAAGUUAAGAGAAAAAAGCAAUAACAUCGAACAUAGCAAAACUUUAACAGUGUUUCUUUCAGAUUAAAACUUUAUCCAAUCACCUGUCAUAAUUUGUUCAAGUUGUUUUGAUGCAUGAGUCCUUACCCUUUUUAGGAAGUGUUUGUAAACUAUUAAUAAGUGUGUACUAUUUUCCUACUUUAAAUGUUAAAAUAUGUAUGUAUUAGCGUCGUACUUGUUUAAUUGUAAUUGGCAAGCUUAUUAUUGAUUCUUACAUAAACACUAAAAUUAGA